AUGGCCGAGGCUGCUGUUACUGUGGUGCUCGGAAAUUUGAGCAAUCUUGCAAUACAGGAGACCACAUUCUUGUGUGCAGUCACCCUUGAAGUGGCGCUCCUCAGAGCUGAGCUCGUGAGGCUGCAGGCCUACCUUAAAGACGCUGACAGCAAAUGGAGAUCAGGAAAUGCACUAGUUGCUGUCCUGGUGAAACAGAUCACAGAUGUGGCGUAUGAGGCUCAGAAUGUCAUUGAAGCAGCAGAUUACAUGGAAAAGAGAAACAGGCUCAAGAGGGGAUUCAUGGGUGCUAUCUCAAGGUAUGCUCGCCUGCCGAGUGACUUGGCCACCAUUCGUAAGAUUGGUGUCGAAAUUCAGUGUGUAAGGAGAAAGCUCACUGAGAUUUUUGCAAGUGCAGAUAAUUUGAAAAUUGAUUUGGCUGACACGGUUGUAGUGGUGGAUGAGCUUCCACAGGAUUUCAGUCAUAUGCACCACAAUUCUGAAGAUGAUGUUGUCAUGGUUGGAUUCCAGAAUGAGCACAAUGAAAUAGUGGACAAAUUAGUUGACAGUGAGAAGAUGCUGAGUGCUGUGUCUAUAGUUGCCAUGGGUGGAGCGGGGAAAACCACACUCGCAAGAAAGGUAUACACUUCAUCCAGAGUCAAAGACCACUUCGACACGGUUGCUUGGGUGACCGUAUCUCAAACGUUCAAGGGCAUCAAGUUACUAAAGGAUAUUAUGAAACAAAUAAUAUAUUGCAAAGAAGGCUGUAGAGAAAUUGAUGAAAUGGAUGAGUACCAGGUGGGAAAGAAGAUCCAUGACUUCCUCCUGCAUAAAAGGUACCUGGUAGUUCUCGAUGAUGUGUGGGAAACCGACACAUGGGAGCAGUUGAACACAACAGUUAAUGCCUUUCCAGAUGCAUCUAAUGGUAGUAGAGUACUGUUAACUACACGGAAGGAAGAUGUUGCAAAUCAUGUUCAGAUGCCAACCCAUGUUCAUCCAUUGAAAAAGUUAGAUGAAGAGAGGAGUUGGGAACUUUUUAGUAGCAAAGCUCUACCAUCAUAUAGAAGGUCUGUUAUGGAGGAUGUGGAUGAGUUUGAAAAACUUGGAAGAAAGCUUGCCAAGAAAUGUGAUGGAUUGCCUCUUGCACUUGCAGUAUUGGGUGGUCAUCUGUCAAAGAAUCUAAAUACACAAGCAUGGUCAUAUAUACUAUUGGGUUGGCCAUCAAACAAGGAUACACAGAGGAUGCGAGACAUACUAGCUCGCAGUUACAAAGAUCUGUCAAGUCAUUAUCUAAGAUCUUGUUUUCUCUAUCUUGCUGCUUUUCCCGAGGAUUUUGUAAUAAUCGUGUCAGAUCUUAUUCAGUUAUGGAUAGCAGAAGGCUUCAUUCACCAUAUACCAAACCAUAAACCAGAACAAAUAGCACACAUGUAUGUAACCGAGUUGGCUCAAAGAAGUCUUGUCCAAGUUGUUGACAGAAGCAAGGGACACAGAUGGAUUGAGAGAAUACAACUUCAUGAUAUCUUACGUGAGUGGUGCAUAGAAGAAGCAAGACAAGAUGGUUUUCUUGAUGUCAAAACUGAAAUUACAGGCCAAGUUAGUGCAUCAUCUUCUAAUACCCAGAAAUUCUAUCGCUCCACUCUCCAAAACUCUGGUGAUAUGUUUUUACAGACAACACUCGAUCUACGAACUCUCAUUGGCUUUCAACUUUCAUCAAUACCCAAGAUGAGUUUUCUACGAGUUCUUCACAUUGAAAAUUCAAGCUUAAGGGGUGCCUCUAGAAUAAUCUAUGGGUGCAUUAACCUUAGAUAUCUCAGGUUGAGACGGUGUUCUGAUUUCAAGCUCACUUCUUCAAUUAGAAAACUCCUGUAUCUGCAAACUAUCGAUUUGGCAAGCACAUGGCACUCAAGCAAGAAUCUCAUGCCAAAAUCCUUCUGGCAUAUCCCGACCCUAAGGCAUGUUUACCUUAAUAACGGGUUUCCGCCACCUAAGAGGAGUGUUCACCAAAACAACCUUGAGACCUUCGCCGUUCAAAUUCGUCAUAAUAACAUGGUCAAGUUUGUGAGCCAAAUGACAAAACUAACAACCUUAUCCCUUUGUUUUACCUAUAAAGCUAAGGACUUGUUGCGUAUAUUUGCGAACACGCCUCACCUAGUUCAUCUUACCAUUGGUCGGUUCCCUCAUUUUCUUGGGCACCGCAGUUGUGGUUACAUUAAAGAAGACCCGAUGCCGAUUCUGGAGAAGCUUCCUUGUCUUGUGGUGUUGAAGCUAGAGGGUUAUCAAGGCAGAACAAUGUCCUGCUCUACCCAAGGAUUUCCUCAAUUACGAGAGUUAGAACUUCAUAUCUCUGACAAUUUCACUGAGUGGAGCAUGGAGGACGGAACAAUGCCAAAGCUCUCUUACCUGAAACUUCAUGACUUCAAGCGGAUGAGUAGGCUCCCCGAGGGGUUGUUACACCUUCCCUCCCUCAAGUGUCUAAAGAUGACCCGCAUGCCAUUGAUCUCCAGCGGAGACAGCACAGUGAAGGAGCUGCGACAGAAAGGGUGCCAGUUUAGGGUUUUGAUGUCUUCCGCUGCCUCUCACGCCGACGCAGCCUCGACCUCUGGCACUGCCGACGCCGCGUCAGCUCAAGCGCUCGCCCCCUCGUCGCCCUUCAUGGCAUCCCACCCGCUGGCUACGGCCUGGCGGCAGCCGCCCGCUAGUUCCCCGAUCGGGUCGAGCGGGACGGGCGACCUGCCCCCGCCGAUCGCAUCUGGCGGGUCCUCCUCGGCCAUCGCCUCUGGGCCGUCGGGGUUCCGCGGCCCUGCACCCAUGUAUGGCUGGUACGGCGCCCCUGCUUCAACCUUCGGCGCCGCGCCUCCGUCGUCGUCUGCCUGGCCGCCGCCCUACGGCGCGUCGCCGGUGCCUGUCUACGCUGGGUCGUCACACCCCUGGCCCUACGGGGUGCAGCCGUCCUCGCUCGUCCACGGGGCCGCACCAUCUGUGCCCCCCGGAGCCCCGGCUGGCUCGGGUGCUGGCUCCGCUCCUGCAGGAGCCUACCCCGCGUCGCCAUACGCUGGUGCACAACUGGCGCUCGCCCCUAACCCGGAGACGGACCCGAUGAUGGGCUGCUACGCGCCACCGGCACAGCCUCAUGCGGAUCACAUGGCCGCACCGUCGCCGUUUUACUUCUCACACCUCCUUCCGGUGAAGCUUACGCCGGAUAAUUAUUUGUCCUGGCGGGCUCAGGUGCUCCUUCUCCUCCGAAGCCGCUAUCUGGAGGGGUACGUUGAUGGCUCCAUCCCAUGCCCACCGCCGUAUCAUCCGGCGUACCACGUGUGGGUGGCUCAGGAUCAGGCGAUUCUCUCCGCUAUCCAGUCAUCGCUCACUCCGAGCGUGUCGUCGCUGGUCAUCUUCGCCGCGACGUCCCGGGAUGCUUGGUCGGCACUUCACAACAGCUUCGCCUCCCAGUCUACGGCGCGUGCUCAUGCUAUACGCACCGAGUUGGGGGAGACUAAACUUGAUGGUCUCUCUAUCACUGACCGCUUGGAGAUGAGGAAUUCAGCACCCCACGUGCUCAACGGUCUUGAUGAUGAUUAUGACAAUCUCGUCGAGAAUAUUCAUGGGCGUGAGGCGCCACUUCCGCCACGAGAGCUAUAUGCGCGUCUUCUUGGUCGUGAGCAGCGCAUCAAAGCGCGUCGUGCCUCUCUGAGCUUCAUCUCUGCCAACGCCGCGACCCGCGCUAAGCCACAGAAGCCGUCGCCGUCGCCUGGUGGGAACCCGGUGGCCUCAUCCCCGCAGGCCCGCGCUGCCCCGCCAUCAAUCACUGGCAGCGCCAGGCCGGUGGCUUGUUGUCCCUGCUGCGGUGCUCAGCAGGCCUGCCAGCUGUGUGGCAUUGAGCGCCACAUCACCUCCCGAUGUCAUCGACGCUACAAGCAAGAUUUCCUCAGCCUGGGCAAUAAUGGCAAAGGGAAUGAAAAACAGGCUGCUGCGGUGACAAGUUAUGACCAUGGGCGCACUCCGUCCUACUCCAUUGAUCCUACGUGGUAUAUGGACACGGGAGCCACGAACCACCUCACCAAUGAGAUGGCCAAGCUUUCCACCAAGGAACCAUAUCGCGGUCAUGAUCAGGUGCACACAGCCAAUGGAGCAGGUAUUGGACGUGGUGCUCGUCUUGAGCUACUUGAUGAACAGCCGCCCCGCGGGUGCGCCCUCACCCGGCUCCAUGGAAGCCGCUCCGUGGGUGUCGCCCCCGCCCGACUUGGUGGACGCUGCCUCGCGGGCGUCGCUCGCGCCUGGCCUGGUGGCUGGGCCGUCUGCCGCCUCGCCUGGCCCAGCUGCUGGCUCUUCUGCGCUGGAUGGGCUGGCCUUUCCUGGCCUGACGUCGCUCGUUUUGGGAGAUAUGGAUCGGCCGGCCACACCUGCCCGACGCCGCGGCUCUCCCUGGUGCCAGGCGACUCUGGCGCUGGCUUGCAUGCUGAUUUGGCCUCACCUCUGCAGUCGCCUGUGCCGAGCCCGGCCUUGCCAACACAGCCGGCUGCUGCUGUUCUUCGUCCUCGCACAUGCAGUCAGACAUGA